UAAUGCACCCAUGCCGAACGUGAGCAAGCACCUGCUCAGAUUUCCAACCGAGAUAUACAAUAGCUGCCUGGAACACCUAUUUAAUUCUAUAUUCUACUACUCCUGGGAUCACAUGGUAAACUGCUAGUCAAUAUAUGAAAUAAGGAAUUGAUGACACGUUUCUACGAUGAUAUAGUAGCAACUACCAUGGGCAUCCCAGGUCUGACAACAUUGAUAGAUGACAACUUACAGCUUCUAGAAGACUAUCAGCUUCAUCAUUCUAAAGUUGUAAUCGAUGGUAACAAUCUCUACCAUCUUCUCUUCUAUAGUUACAAUGUAGGUUACACACAUGGAGGGGAUUACGAUAAAUUCUCACGAAAAAUAAAAGAAUUUUUUGACAUUUUAAAAUCAUGUAAUAUAGAACCGUACAUUAUUCUUGAUGGUGGGUAUGAGCCAGAUGAUCGAAAACUUAAAACAACAUUAGAAAGAGCAGGUAAAAGGAUACUCUUAUCAGGAGCAAUAAUAAACUCUGAACGGGGGAAAAUUCUACCUAUCCUGUCGUAUGAAGUGUUUAUGACUGCAUUAGAGGAUCUUGGUAUUCCUCAUGUGACAUGUGACUUUGAAGCAGACAACCAGAUAGCAGUAUUAGCCAAUGAGUUCAAAUGUCCAGUUAUUUCCUUUGACAGCGACUUUUAUAUUCUUCAUCUUACCAAUGGAUUUAUUCCAUUUGAUAGUGUCAACUUUGAAGUCCAGCCAACUGUGACAGACGUUGAAGGCAAACAAUUCAAAUAUCUUCCCGUCAAAAUGUAUUUCACACAAAACUUUAUUUCAUGUUUUCCAGAACUUGAUAAGGAAGUUUUACCUCUAAUGGCAACAGUGCUUGGAAAUGAUUAUGUAAAUAUUCACACAUUUGAAGAAUUUUAUUCAGCUUUGAAAAUUCCAAAACAUGCUCCUUUAGGCAUUACUGUUACAAGAACACAUACCAAAAUGAUGAAGAUAAUGAACUGGCUGGAAAGUUUGAAAAGCAUUGAAAGUGGGGUUAACAGGCUUAUAUUGUCAGUUAAACCAGAGAAACGAGAUAGUGUGAAAGAAUUGAUUAAAAAAUCAAUGGAUACUUAUUCUAACAUUGCCACUUACAGUUCAUUCAGUCUGAAGGAUUUCUUCACCAAUAAAGAAGAGUCAUCGAAGAAUUAUAAAACAUUAAGUUAUAAUAGAAACACAAUUCCAUCUUGGUUCAUAGAAUUUCACAGGCAAGGGAAAAUGCCACCUUUCAUGCAGAAUACAUUGGUUCUUCAUAGGAACAUCUUACCAUGUCAAGUCGAGGAUUUGAAAAUGCCUUCAUCGUACAAUUGUUCUACAUUCUUACGUCAAAUUUUGUAUAGUAUAUUAUUGAGGGAUGAUUUGAAAAAUUUUGCAUGUACAGAAAUUACAAAAAAAUAUUGCGUUGAGGAGUAUGAUAGACAAGAUGGACAGAAAAAUGUAAAGAAAAAUAUAAUUGAAAUUAUCCCUUUGAUGGAAGGAUAUGGUGACCUCCCAGGGUUAGGUGAAAUGGAGGAUAUAAAAUGUAGCAGAAAGCGAGAACUCUUGUGCAAGGUUUUUGAUCUAAACUUUGAUCAAAGUAAUGAGGAAAUUAUUAGUGAUGACAUAAUUUUGUUUAUAAUGGCAUUCAUAUUUUGGAUAAGAAAUGCAGACCCUAAAACAAAUCUACAUUCUAUAAAAACACUUCUUGUCUGUUGGUUUUCCUUGGCAUCAAGAACAUUUGCUGAAGAAAUUGAUCAAAAUGGUUCCACAAUAAAUUCAGCAUUUACCAAAUCAACUCCACAACAGAGGGAAAAAGUGAAGAAAAAUUUAGAAAAGUAUUUUCAUGCACCUCAACAUUCUAUGAAGCAUCCUAUUGAUAUUAGUAUCAUUCAUGGGUUUGCACAGUUCCAGUCUUGCAUUUUGUCAACUACACAUUUGAAUCAAAUAUUGGGUUUUCCUUUUCCACCUGUAAAUCCUUCAUCGAUCUUCUGUGGCAGUUUUCUGUACAAUUUUUGUAAGGAUUUGCAAACAAGAACAAAUCCAGAUCUUUUUAUAUCAGAAAUGUUAGUAAAGCAGUCGCCUGCUCUUUCGUUAUUUCAAAAUCUACUAUCAUUUAUUUUGUCUAGAGUAGAUGAAGAUUGUCUAAAAACUGUCACAUCAACAAGUAAAAGGUCCAGAAAUAGAAAGAAAAAGAAGUCUGCUACGAAUGUUGACAAAAAAAUUGACAGCGAUGAUGAUGAUGAAUGUUCAAGUGAGACCACUGAUAAGAGUACUGUAAGGAAAGUGAAAACAAAUAUCAAAGCUGCUUGUGAACUGUCUAACAGAUUUAAUUUUCUAGAUAUUGACGAAUCUGAUGAUACUGAUGGUUGAUAUCUAACAAUAAAGUAACUUCUGUAAUUAAAAACGAAAGAAAAGAAAUGAUUUUCUUUUGCUAAUGUUACAUUGUAACUUGGCUUACCGUAUGGGCAGGUAUAAAUGAGUACAAAUAAUUGCAGAACUGGGCAUGCCCAAAAAGAUAUUAUAUUAGACUAAUCAGGCAUGCACAUUUUUGCAAGUUUUAUUCAUACACAAUUAGCAAAAUGCUGUAUUAUUCCUUUUUCAUGAUAAAUAGAAGUUUAAUGAUUUAAAUUCAAGUGCACAGUUUUGCGAUUUUUUUGGCAUGAUUAUGCAAUGAUUUCAUUUAAGUGCACAGUUUAACAAUUAUUUUCAAAUUCUGCAAUGAUUUAAUUCAAGUUCAUAGUUUUACAAUUAUUUGCACAAUU